AUGCCGCCCUAUGUGACAAUAUAUGAUGGUACAACCGAUCCCGAAGAUCAUGGGACUCACUAUGUCACCGCUGUAAAAGGCAAAGACCUCGCCAAGGAACAAGUAUCCUCCAUCUUGUUGAAAAAAUUCGGCGAGACCCUCACUGGAGGAGCAUUGACUUGGUAUUCGCAGCUUCCUGCGCGUUCCAUCAAAACAUUCGAAGAGAUGGCCGACAAGUUCGUAACGGCCCAUGCUGGGUCCAAAAUGGCAGAGGCGAGAGUGAACGAUAUAUUCGCUAUCAAACAAUCACCCGCAGAGGUAUUGAGGGACUUCCUCGCUCGAUUCAACCAAGUAAGUAUGACCUUACCAAAUGCAUCAGAAGGAAUGGCCGUAGUAACUUUCCAGAAUGGGCUGAGCAGGAAUGGUUCGAGGGAGACGAGGAAGUUAUUAAGCCGACUCAUGAAAUAUCCCCCAACCACUUGGGAUGAAAUACAUAACGCAUAUCGUGCCGAGAUCCGAGCAUACGAGGAUGAUCUGAAUGGGUCAACCCAUCGAUUGACCUCGGUACAAGCCGAAUUCAGGAAAGAUCGAAGAAAUGAUAUUAGGAGGGACCUCGUAGCUCUAUGGCUCAAUCGACAAUGGCAUCAUCCAUAUGUCAAAAGCGCCAUCGCGCCACCCUCCCGCCACGAAGAGGGCCUUCCUAGAUCAAAGACAGGGACUCAUCGGAACAAGAGAUGUAUGCCCCAUUUGCUAUCCGCUCACAAUUUUGUGUCACCUCCAGAAAUAGUCUACGCAUUGGAGAAGCUCGGACCAAAAGUAAAGUGGCAACGAAAGAUGAGGUCGGAUCUGAGCACCAGAAAGUCAGACGCCCUCUACGAGUUCCACCAAGAGCGAGGUCACAAAGCUGAGGACUGCAUCACCCUAAGGCAGGAGGUCGUAAAUAUGCUUCGCCAAGGACACCUCAAAGAAUUGUUGAGCGACCGGGAGAGGACCAACUUUGCCCGAGGACGUGAACAGUAUCAGGGACCGCCGAAACUGCCUCACCAACCUGCACCAUUCAAAUGA